AUGUCUGGUCGCAACGACUCCGCUCAGGAGGAUGCCGCCGCCCAGCAAGUUAAGCCCCAGCUCCCCCAGGCCCUGCUACUGCCUCAGCAUGGCUUCCCGGGCCUCGGGGGCAGCCCCUUCUACAUCACGCCACAGCAGGGAGGCAUGCCGCAGCUCGUGACUGCAGGCGGGCAGCCGCUGGCGCCCGGCACCGCCGACCCCGCCUACCUCCAGUCCGCCUACCUCAGCGGCGGCAGCAGCGGCGGCAGCGGCCUGCCCGGCAGCUACACGCUGAGCCUGCAGGAGCAGCAGGCGCUGGCCUCGGGCCAGCUGCCCUCGCUGGGCGGGUAG